AUGAUGCAGACUGGGUUUUAUGAGCCGUUCCAAGAGGGCUCGUUACUGCAGAGACAGGCACCCUACGAUGAGGGUUACCACGUUGGUAACAGCAACAAUAAUCUGUUUUCAACGCCGGAUGACAAGUUGUCCAGCCAAUUGUUCUCCGCAUUGGAUGGUACUGCGCUGACAGAAUUUGACAACGACAACUGUUACUCAGAUAUUGACGUAGACGAUGAAACUGCUGAUUCGAAUUUCUUGUUUUCGCUUUCGAGCAUGCAAGAGGAAACUUAUUACUCCACGUGCCACAACGAACCAAAGUAUAACAUCUCCAGUGGAUCUUCGGUGGUCAGUGGGUCCAUGCCAGACACACCACAUGGGUGUUCGGACGUGUUUUUCACUAAUUUGGGGGGGUGUGGGAACAUGGUCCACACACAACCAACAAGGGUCGCAGAUACCUCUAACAAGUUGUUAUUCAACGAUACUCUUGCCUACGAGGAUUACCUCUUGCAACAAGGUGGUGGGUGUACCGAGGCACAGACAGUAAAUGACGCAACAACGGCCACUGAUUCGGAGAACUCAAGGUCGUCGUCCUUCUCGUCUAUUUUCUCAAAUGACGUACCAAAACAGGAUUCAGUGGGCGGGAGCGCAGUGGACGCUUCACAAACGCAAAUACCAUACGCGAAAUUCCCAUUGAACCAUGCCAUUGAGAACUAUCCACGUUUGGAGCACAGACAAUUAGUGGCACCAAGGCCCAACAAUAACAAUAAGCUCUUCGUCCAGACUUUAGAAAACCCUGAGGAGUACAACAUCCAUGAGGUACAACAUUGGAUCCCAGCAAUAGUGAUGCCCUCCAAUAACAACUCAGAUCUGAUCUGCACGAAGAUGAACAAACACUCAUACGAUACAUUCAGAUACACCUCCGACACUCACGUCUUCGCCCCCAGGCAACAACGCUGGAUGGAAGAGGCCAAUGAACGCAACAAGCUCUGCCGUCACAUCGAGAACAAACUGGCAAGGUACACUAGUGACCGCGAAUACUUCGACAAGAUUCGUCUCCAAGAGAUAUCGUACCGUUUUAGUAACAGUUACUUCUGA